UGGUCUGUCAGUGAAAAAAUUAAUGUGUCAAAUUUCUUCGCUUGAUACUCGGCGUAAAUAUAGUAUAUAUUAAUGUUUGUUUUAGGUUUUGUUUAAAUUUACUAUGUAUUAUAAAGGGUUUAGUUAUGAUAACAAUUUCAUGGAAUAGGAUUAUUGUAAAAUUAGAUUUUUAUAGAAAUUAUGGAUUCUGGCGGGAGUAAAGACGCUUGGAAACCAAGUGUUAAAAAUCUAACUCAAUCGCCAACAAGUAUGGAUAACAUCACAAUGAAUAAACAAAUAACUGUAACAUCAUCAGCCAAAGGUGUUGAAAAUGCUAAGAAGCGACUCAGGGCUUUUUCGAUACAAAAGAAAACUCCACUUACUCCAGUUGUUACUCCAAAACCCAGUGGAUCUGGAAAUACAAUGGUUUUAAUUGGCAAAUUGAGUAGCGUGAAGGUUACACCUAAAGCUGAGGAUCAGGAGCCAAAACAGAAACAGCCCAAACCACCGAAACCGGGAGCUGUACGGAAAGCAUUACAAGAUUCAUAUACAGAGUUGCAAAGGCGAACUCUCGCAGACAUUGAAGACAUGAAAAGGAAAAUGGAGCUAGUGGAUCUUGGUAUACCGUUAGGCCUCAUCUGUCCUACGUCCACUAGUGAAAAAGCCAUGCCGACAAAGGCUAUGCCACCCAUUAAGUCUUUUAUUGAUCCAGCUAAAGUCGACGAACUUAUUCGUGAAGCUAAAAAAGCAAAAAUGGAAGGUAGAGAAUUCAAAUUUGAUUAUCAAAAAUUAUUACCGGGCUACGAUAAUCCCUUCCAAAACAAGAAAAAGGAAGAGGAAAAAGAGAAGGAAAAGAAAGCAUCAGAUAGCCGAAAGAAUUCAGACAGAAGAAAAUCUGAUAAGUACAGCUCUAAGCGAUAUUCUGAAUAUAGAAAGGAAGAUAAAUUCAGAGAUCGUGAUAGAAGUCGACAGAAAGAUAGAGAAAAAGGCUCAGAAUAUAAAUCUGCCACAAAAAAAGAAUCAGAAAAGACUGCAGAAAAGGAAACCGAUGUUAAUCUGAGUGAUUAUUUAGUCUGUGACAGUUGGUCACUGGAUAAUGACGAAAAGACAAAUAGCUCAAGCCCUAAAUUUGAUGAUAAAUCAGAUUCGCAAAGCUCUUCUCUACCAGAAACUAAGAAUUAUAGAGAACCGUCCGAUAUUGUUAAAACUAAUCGCGCUAAGAAGAAUGAACUAAUCAAAAAUUCUAUCAUUGAUAAGCCUCCUUUGAAGCUACAACCAGUUAUGGAUUCGUUCAAAUACGAAAUAGAUGAUAAUGAGGAGGAAGUAUUGGAUAUUUUUGACGCUGAUUCCAAUAUAGAAAAAUUCGCAAAGGUGAAACCGAAAAAGCUGGCGCUGUACGAUUCUCCAGUCAAAAAGUGUUUGGAUUUAGAUGAUAGUUCAAGAGAUUUGUCCCUCGACGGCAUUAACGAUGACACGUUCUUGGAAUCGGUGAUAAAUGAGAUAAAAGUUAGUGAACUAAGUGAUGACAGCCAAGACAAAGGCUUAGUGGAAUAUGAUAUAUCGCCGGUGAAAGAUGACGAUACUCCCAAAACAUCGAAGUCCGUGACGCCGGAAUUAGAUAGCAAAAUGGACAGGAAACAAAGUGAUUAUUCAGAUGGUUAUAGGUCAAGCGAAAGUGGUUAUAAGACUAGUGAUACAACGGAGAGUGGGUAUAAAUCUGAAACAGAGUUCAGGCUGUCGAUAGAGAAGGAAUUGGAUGAUGCUCUAAAUGCCAGCAAGAUGUCGAAGGCGACGGUGGAUUCGUUGGAAGCGUGGAGCUUUGUGCUGAAAAUAUGUCAGCCGUUGCUAUUUAGGCAUGAUAGGAAUAAGUGUUACAAGGAAACGCGUACUGAUCCAAAGCUAUGGUGGACCACCAACCCUAGGGGGUGUCCCUGUGUGAAGGACAGGAGUGUAGUCUACGAGGAGUUGGAGAUGUGCAAGAUGAGCCUCGUUGACCGCGUCUAUGGGUGUGAUCAGAUAUCGGACGAGCCGUUCCCCAAGUGCCGCAAUUGGUACCCGGCGAGCGGCGCCUGCCUCGUGGAGGGGAGGCGGCUGCAGCCCUCCAGCGAGUGGGAGGGGGAGGACAGCCAGCAGCCGGAGCUGUCGCUGGACAGGGAGUACCAGAGGUUUAUGGAAGCAGUGUGGCCAGAGGUGAUGGAUUCAAAGAAAGAAGCGUCCAGGAGCACGACUCCCGUGCAAGAGAAUAGAAAGAAGAGAAAAGAGGAGUCAGUGGAAAAGAAAGAAGACGAGAAGAAAGCAAAGAAAAUUAAGUUGAGCAGCGAAGGCUGGAGCCAGGAGUCGGAAGUAGAAGAAGAAGACAAGAACAAAAAGAUGAAAAAAGUCAAACCAAGAAAGAGAAAACACUCGACUUCAGUAUCGUCGUCUCCCUCUGACAGCGAAGAAGACUCGAAGAAGAAAAAGAAAGCGCUUAAAAAGAAGGCAUUGAAAAAGGUGAAAUCAAAGUCAGCCAAGCGUCGACGUAUGGGCAAGAAGUUGUUGAAAAAGUUGAAAGAAAAACAGAAGAAGAGUAAGAAGAUGAAAGAGCGCGAUCUCUCCGACGACGAUGACGACUCGGAUAGUGAUAAAAAAGAAAGAAAAUCCAAGAAAAAGAAACAAGAAAAGGCAAAAAAGAAAGAUAAGAAGAAGAAAAAGGCGAAAGUUAGAUCAAGCAGCUCCGACUCUUCCUCCAGUGACUCGUCCAGCGAGAGCAGUGACAGCGAUAGGAGAAAGAGAUCGAAAAAGAAGAAUCACGACAAAAGUAAAAAGAAGACGAAAAAGUCGGACACGAAAGAAGAAUUAUUUGACGUUAAUAUAUUAAAUAACAUUAAAACGGAAAAAAUAACGGACGAUGAGGGACCAAAACUGAUGGAGUUCUCGCCGAGAAGACAAAAACCGCGCGAAAUUAUUAACGUUAAAGAAUUGCAGAAUGACUUUGUUGGGAAUAAUAUGAUAAUAAAGAAGGAAGUGGAAGAUAAGCAAGCACAAAGUGAAGUGAAGAGUAUAGAAGAUGAAGAAGUUAAAGAAAAAGAGAGUGAAAAAGACAAUGUACAGAUAGAGAUAGAAGGAGAAAACGAAGUAGUUGUAGAAAAGGAGAAAGAGGCAAGUAAUGAAGUGGAUAGUGAAUUGCAUUUAGUUGAGGAGGACUCGCAAAAUAGCAGUGUUGAAAAGGCAAAAGAUACUACAAAGGAAUCCGGUGAAGAGUCAGAAGGAGAAAUGUCUAUGGAUUAUGAAAUGGACACUAAACAGGAACCAGAGGAAAAAGAAGUGGAGAAGAGCCCAAACAAAUCAAUAGAAGCCGAAGUGACGCCCGAGGAGAUUGUGAAGACGCCUGUGGAUGACGCAUCGCAGUGUUCCUCGCAGGAGUCCAUCUGUAGCGUCAAGGAGGUGGGUCGGUACGCGGGCGGCAAGGAGGAGUCGCCGCGCGACGCGCUCGGCUACGAGCUGUACGAGCAGCUCGCGCUCGCGCACCAGCACCACGUGGCGCUGCGGCCGCUGUCGCCGGUGGAGGGCGGCGUGUCGCGCAUCGAGACGGUGGUGCGCGCGCGCUGCGGCGAGAUAAAGUGCGACUGGCGCGCCGGCGCCGAGCCCGCGCCGCCCGCGCCGCGCCCCUCGCGCUGGGGUCUGAAGCCGGGCGAAGUGAACAUAGUGCUGACGGGCGGCGAGCCGGUCUACCGCAUCCAGAGCCUCGCCAACCGGACCGACGGCACCCCCAUUAGCUACGACGAAGCGUACAUGGACACAUAUGGAGCGUCAGAUAGACUGCAGUACGGCGAUUGUUUCUCGUCGGAAACCGAGCCCGCCACUUUCACCGAGGUGACGCUGCAGGAGGCCACUGAGCCAGAGGAGCAGAAGGAAGAACACAAGAGUACACUGGACGACAGGAUAAACCAAGCUUUGAGGGACACAGUUUUGGGAGACGUGGCAAAGGAACUGGACACUGUUGAAGCGGAUAAAGAGGAGGAAAAAGGGAUUUUGCUAAAUCGGAGCGCCGGCGUGGGCGUGGGCAAGCGGGUGCGGUUCGCGGACGGAUACGCGCCGGGACAGGACUCGGAUACGGAGCCGCCGCCAAAGCGGCGUCGCGCGCGGCGCUACGGCUGCGCGUGGCCGUGCCCCGCGUCGCACCCCGACCACGUGUCGCUGUGGGACGCGCUGCCCCCGCCCCCGCCGCCGCCCGGCUCGCCCCCGCGCCCCCGCCCCCGCCCCCAGGGCGCGCUGCCGCUCCCGCUGGCCGGCUUCAUGCCGCCCGAGCCGCCGCCCGGACUCAUCGCCCUGCACUGA